GCGAGUAAAAAAAAAAAAAAAAGCAGCAGUAAAAUAACGCAAAGAGAAAAUAGUGAUUGAAAAGGCAUUUUUGUUUUCCUUUAACUCUCGUCAUCAAGUUUUAUACCUUUUAAAACCCUUACAAAAGCCUUUAAUUCCCUCUCUAUCCCUUCAAUGUCAUUGAUCCUCCGACUUCCCAGAAAGCUUUAAAAAUUUUCUUUUGAGCAAAUUGUAAUUUUCAUUUAUUUAUUUCAUUUUGGGUUGAGAUUUAAUUAUAGAAUGUCAAACUCGGGCGGGUUCGCGGUGACUCGAACUCACACGGAGGACCGAUUCUACAACCCGCCGGCGGUGAGGCGGCAAAUGCAGUUAUUACAACAACAGCAGUUGGAGAGGCAGCAGCACCAGCAGCUACACAGAACAUUGCAGAAGGAGCUACGGAGACCGUUAAAAGAUGAGAGCCGAGUCAACUCGGUCGAUUCACUUUCUGAGUCACGGACGGAUUUGGACGAAUCUACAUUGUCCGCGGCGCAGUCAUCGCCGGAGGUUGCUAGUUUGACCAAUUUGGAUCGGCUCAUGGAAUCGGUCACUCCUCUUGUUCCGGCUCAGUGCUUCUCUGAGGCAAAAAUGAGGGGAUGGAGAACUCAUGAAGUAAAUCUACGCCCAUAUUUUUGUCUCGGUGACCUAUGGGAAUGUUUUAGUGAGUGGAGUGUAUAUGGAGUUGGAGUGCCGCUAUUGUUGAAUGGGAGCGAUUCCGUUAAGCAAUACUACGUUCCUUCCUUGUCAGGCAUACAGUUGUUUGUAGAUCAACAGAGGCCUAGGAGGGCUAGUGAGGAUAGUGAGGUCGAGUCUUCAAGAGAAACUAGUAGUGCUGGAAGUAGUGACUGUGAAACAGACAGGAGACUGAAAGGCGGUGUUGUUGGAGCACGGGAGAAGCACAACUCCCAGGGGACCAAUAAACCUCCUACGAGUUCAUUUAGUGAUGAAAUGGAGGUUGGCAAAUCACCUGGCCAUUUGGUUUUCGAAUACUUUGAACAAGAACAGCCACAUCACCGGAAACCUUUAUAUGACAAGGUUUCAAGUCUGGCAUCUCAAUUUCCAGACAUCAGGAUGUACAGGAGCUGUGAUUUAUUACCAGCAAGUUGGAUCUCAGUGGCUUGGUACCCAAUAUACAGAAUACCUAUGGGUCCAACCCUACAAAAUCUGGAUGCAUCAUUCUUGACCUUCCAUUCUUUGUCGACCCAUUCUCAAACAGUUACAGGUAAAAAUCAACUCCAUUCUCCUGCUUCUAGCAGCAGGAAAGUAUGUGGCUUUGAUGCAUCUUCACAGAUCUCUCUACCUGUUUUCGGUUUAGCAUCCUAUAAGUUGAGAGGCUCGAUUUUGACUUCCAAUUGUUCCCAAGAAUGGCAGCAAGCAAGCUCUCUGUUACAUGCUGCUGAUAAUUGGCUGCAUGGUUUACGAGUCCAUCUUCCCGAUUUCCAGUUUUUUGUAUCGCAUAACUCAAAACGGUGAUUACAAAGGUACCUUAAUUUUUGUGACUGCUCUUUUGAGUAGUCGGGGGAGUCACAAAGGAUCGGUUGGAAAUGAUAUUUGGUGAAAAAUUAGAGUUUGCUUAGAAGCCUGCUACAAAACAGCUAGUUUUUCAGCCUGGUCAUGGUCAUUUUUAUUAUGAUUCCCUCAUUUGGCAGCAGUGUGUAGAACAAAGUGCUUGUGAUUUUCAGUAAAGCAAAAUAAGAGAAUGGAGAGUCCUAGAGACUAUGAUCUGCUAACCGGAAGGCGGAUGUGUUCUCAUGUAUACCGAGGAUCAGUUACCCGGAAUUUAUAUCCCCACACAAUUAUUUUGUCGUCUGUCACGGGUUCGAGUUCUAUGAUGCUUGUGAAAACAUAUUUGUAGUGCCAAUGUUUUAUAGAAAAGAAAAAAAGGCCCUAGCGUUGUUGUGGUCUAAUUGUUAACAUAGAACUUUUUUAAAAUUAUAAUUCAGAUUUUAUCUUUAUAUUUUAA